CAAAAGAAUAAACCAAAGACCAUAAACGAGUCAGUGAGAACCGGAGAAGGAGUGAGCUGACCUGACGAUUGCCAUCGUAAUCCGGCGAACGUGCGCCGCCGGCCGUCCUGCCUGGCUGUCUCGUACGGCCCGAUUGUUUGCUGGUUGCUGUACUGCACCAGUCCCCUGCAAAGCGCCCGAUACGUGAAGAAGAUGAGGUUGUUGAAGGUAGCUACUUGCAAUUUGAAUCAAUGGGCAAUGGAAUUCGAUUGCAAUUUGAAGAACAUUAAGGAAUCAAUAAUUUGGGCUAAAGAAGCUGGUGCUGUUAUUAGGCUUGGUCCGGAGCUCGAAAUCACUGGCUAUGGUUGUGAAGACCAUUUCUUAGAACUCGACACCAUCUCUCACGCGUGGGAGUGCUUAAAAGACCUGCUUCUUGGUGAUUGGACAGAUGGCAUAUUAUGUAGUUUUGGGAUGCCUGUUAUCAAAGGUUCUGAGCGUUACAAUUGUCAAGUGUUAUGUAUGAACAGAAAGAUAAUCAUGAUACGAGCAAAGAUGUGGCUUGCAAAUGAUGGAAACUAUAGGGAACUUCGGUGGUUUACUGCAUGGAAACAAAAAGACAAGCUUGAAGAAUUUCAACUUCCAAGUGACAUUUCUGAGGCUUUGCUGCAAAGAACAGUCCCUUUUGGCUAUGGCUUCAUGCAGUUUUUAGACACAGCUGUUGCAGCUGAAAUUUGUGAAGAGCUUUUUGCUCCAAUUCCUCCUCAUGCUGAACUUGCACUAAAUGGUGUUGAAGUGUUUAUGAAUGCUAGUGGAAGUCAUCACCAACUAAGAAAGCUUGACAUUCGUAUCCGAGCUUUUAUAGGUGCUACACACACUCGUGGUGGAGUUUACAUGUAUAGUAAUCAUCAAGGUUGUGAUGGAGGUCGUCUUUAUUAUGAUGGUUGUGCAUGUGUUGUUGUUAAUGGAGAUGUAGUUGAACAAGGUUCACAAUUCUCCUUGAAGGAUGUAGAGGUGGUGGUUGCUCAAAUAGAUCUAGAUGCGGUUGCUAGUCUUAGAGGAUCUAUAAGUAGUUUUCAAGAACAGGCAAGUUGUAAACGAUUUGUUUCCUUUGUAGAUGUGCCAUACAAGCUUUGUCAGCCUUUUAACCUCCAAAUGUCUCUUUCAAGUCCAUUGAAGAUUAGUUACCACUCUCCUGAAGAAGAGAUAGCUUUUGGACCUGGUUGUUGGCUUUGGGAUUACCUAAGAAGAAGUGGGGCUUCUGGUUUUCUUCUUCCACUCUCUGGUGGAGCCGAUAGCUCUUCAGUCGCUGGUAUUGUUGGAUGUAUGUGCCAACUUGUAGUAAAAGAGAUUGCAAAUGGUGAUGAACAAGUCAAGGCUGAUGCUAUAAGAAUCGGACAUUACACCAAUGGACAAUUCCCUACAGACAGCAAAGAAUUUGCAAAACGUGUAUUUUACACUGUUUUUAUGGGAUCUGAAAACAGUUCUGAUGCCACACGUUCACGAGCCAAGGUGCUUUCUGAAGAAAUUGGAUCAUGGCAUCUUGAUGUUUCUAUAGACAGUGUGGUAUCUGCAUUCCUAUCUUUAUUUCAAACACUUACAGGGAAGCGUCCUCGCUACAAGGUAGAUGGGGGAUCAAACAUUGAAAACUUAGGGCUCCAAAACAUACAAGCUCGAAUCAGAAUGGUUUUGGCCUUUAUGAUGGCUUCCUUGUUGCCAUGGGUUCAUAGCAAACCAGGGUUUUAUCUUGUGUUGGGUAGCUCAAAUGUGGAUGAAGGGUUACGUGGUUACCUAACUAAGUAUGAUUGCAGUUCUGCGGAUAUAAAUCCAAUCGGAAGCAUAAGCAAGCAGGACCUGCGAAUAUUUCUUCGGUGGGCCGCCACACAUCUUGGUUUCUCGUCUUUAGCAGAAAUCGAGGCUGCCCCACCAACCGCUGAGCUGGAGCCUAUACGCUCCAAUUACAGCCAGCUCGAUGAAGUUGACAUGGGAAUGACAUAUGAGGAACUUUCCGUAUAUGGAAGGUUAAGGAAGAUUUUCAGAUGCGGGCCCGUGUCCAUGUUCAAGAAUCUAUGUUUUGGUUGGGGUUCAAAACUAAGUCCAUCGGAAGUAGCCGAGAAAGUAAAGCACUUUUUCAAAUACUAUUCCAUCAACCGACACAAGAUGACUGUAUUAACACCCUCCUAUCAUGCCGAGAGCUAUUCACCAGAAGAUAACAGAUUUGACCUCCGACAGUUUCUCUAUAACUCAAGAUGGCCAUAUCAGUUUCGAAAAAUAGAUGAACUUGUGAAGGAACUUAGUGUUGAUAAAGAUGCAUCAUCAUCAUCUACUUCAGAUGGUGUAGGAAUUGUGGCAGCUGGUUCAGCUGAUCCAAAGGCUGGCCUUUAAAAUUUCAUAGUGAUUAAUCAAAGUUAACUUUAUACUUUUUUUUUAAAAAAAAAUUGUGAGUUUUAUUGAUUUUGUUAAUGAAUUACCCGAAAGGAUUAGUUCACUGGUCUAUGGUGAAAGUACCUAGGUUCAUAAUCGUAUACUUCUUGAUACAAUACAGGAGAAUUUUAAUUUUAAUAAAUUAAUGAAAUAGUUGUGUUUCA